AUGAAGUACGAGUAUGAAGCAGCUACAAAGCAUGUUGCGAGAUCUAUAUGCAGUUAUUCUUCACGCUGUGUAUCAAAUCCUGUACAGUUAUGGAAUUUACAUAGAGAAAAUAUGUCAGAAGACAUUUUGCAUAAAACAAGAAUAACAGUUAAUAAUAUGGAUUUAGACUACAAUGAUGAAAUAUUUAAUAGAGCUUUACUUGCUCUUGAAGAUAAAAUUAAAGCAUUGGGAGUUUUUACAGAAACUGGCGGUCUAUUCUUUUUGGAUGCUCCAGGUGGAACAGGUAACACGUACCUAAUUAAUCUUUUAUUAGCAAGAAUUAGACAAAGGAAUCUAAUUGCUCUUGCAGUAGCUUCCUCUGGCAUUGCUGCAACUCUCUUGACGGGCGGAAGAACAGCUCAUUCAGUCUUCAAACUACCAAUAAAUUUAUCGUUUGCUGAAACUCCAGUUUGCAACAUCUCAAGAAGUUCAGAUAGAUCAAAAUUGCUUAAGAAGUGUAAAUUAAUUGUAUCGGAUGAAUGUACAAUGGCACAUAAGUUAGCAUUGGAAGCUCUGGCACAUAAGUUAGCAUUGGAAGCUCUUAAUACAACUAUGCAAGAUAAUUUUCAGAAUAACGAGUGCAUGGGUGGCAUAACUCUGUUUUUUUCUGGUGAUUUUCGCCAAACUUUGCCUGUUAUUCCACAAGGCACAAACGCAGAUGAAAUGAAUGCAUCGAUAAAAGCAUCUUAUAUUAGGAAAAACUUUCAAAGAUUUGGAUUGAAAACGAACAUGAGAGUUCUUCUUACAGGUGACAUUUCCACCGAGCAAUUCUCUCAGAAUUUACUUCAUCUCGGUAAUGGAACUAUGACAAUUGAUAGUGAAGGAUUGAUAGCGUUGCCAUAUAUUGGUAACAUAGUAGCAACAAUGAAAGAUCUUCAAUAUAGAGUAUUUCCAAAUAUCGAAAAUGAGGAAAGUCUGACCCCUGUCCUCAUUGGAUUAGAAACCACUCUGAACAGCCGUCCAUUAGUCUACGAAGAGGGAAAAGACGACAGCGAACAGCUCCAUAAUCUUAGUUUUAGUCCUGUCAAGAAAUUAACUGCUGCUAACAACCAUUCCAUCUAUCCCGGAUAA